AUGAACAAGAUGUCUGUGAAAUGGCUCUCACUUCUCCUGCUGCUACAACUGACUUGCUACUUUAGCUCUGGGAGUUGCGGGAAGGUGCUGGUGUGGCCAGUGGAAUACAGCCAUUGGCUGAAUAUGAAGACAAUUCUGGAUGAACUUGCCACAAGAGGUCAUGAGGUGACUGUUCUAACAUCUUCAGCUUCCAUUCUUAUUGAUUCCAACAAACCAUCUGCUAUCAAAUUUGAGCCUUUCCCUGUGUCUUUAACUAAAGAUGAUUUUGAGAAUUUUAUCAAAUAUUUUAUUGAGAAAUGGAAAAAUAUAGCAAAAGAUUCAUUUUGGACAUUUUUUCCAGCUCUAAAAAGUUUAUUUUGGGAAUCUUCUGAUAUUAGUAUGAAGAACUGUAAAGAUGUUGUUUCAAACAAGAAACUUAUGACAAAGCUACAUAAAUCAAAGUUUGAUGUCGUUCUUGCGGAUGCCAUUGGACCCUGUGGUGAGCUGUUGGCUGAAUUACUUAAAGUACCUUUAGUGUACAGUCUCCGCUUCUCUCCUGGCUAUUCAAUUGAAAAGCUUAGUGGAAAACUUCCAUUCCCACCAUCCUAUGUACCUGUUAUAUUUUCAGAAUUAAGUGAUCACAUGACAUUCAUGGAGAGAGUUAAAAAUAUGAUAUAUGUACUUUAUUUUGACUUUUGGUUCCAAAUAUUUAAUGAGAAGAAGUGGAAUCAGUUUUACAGUGAAGUACUAGGAAGACCCACUACAUUAUCAGAGACAAUGGGGAAAGCUGAAAUAUGGCUCAUUCGAACCUAUUGGGAUUUUGAAUUUCCUUACCCACUGCUACCAAAUUUUGAAUUUGUUGGAGGCCUCCACUGCAAACCUGCCAAACCCCUGCCUAAGGAAAUGGAAGAGUUUGUGCAGAGCUCUGGAGAAAAUGGUAUUGUGGUGUUUUCUUUGGGGUCAAUGGUCAGUAACAUGACAGAAGAAAGAGCCAAUGUGAUUGCAUCAGCCCUUGCCCAGAUUCCACAAAAGGUUAUAUGGAGAUAUGAUGGCAAGAAACCAGGUACUUUAGGACCCAAUACUCGGCUGUAUGAGUGGAUCCCCCAGAACGACCUUCUUGGUCAUCCAAAAACCAAAGCUUUUAUAACUCAUGGUGGAGCCAAUGGCAUUUAUGAGGCCAUCUACCACGGUAUCCCUAUGGUGGGCAUUCCUUUGUUUGCCGAUCAACCUGAUAACAUCGCUCAUGUAAAGGCCAAGGGAGCAGCUGUCAGAUUGGACUUUGAAACAAUGUCAAGAACAGAUUUGCUCAGUGCAUUGAAGCAAGUCAUUAAUAAUCCUUCAUACAAAGAGAAGGCAGUGUGGUUAUCAAUCAUUCAACGUGAUCAGCCUAUAAAGCCCCUGGACAGAGCAGUCUUCUGGAUCGAGUUUGUCAUGCGCCACAAAGGAGCCAAGCACCUGCGGCCAGCCGUCCACAACCUCACCUGGUUCCAGUACCACUCUCUGGAUGUGAUUGGGUUCCUGCUAGCAUGUGUGGCAACUGCUGUGUUUGUCCUCACAAAAUGUUGUCUGUUUUGUUGCCAGAAGUUUGCUAAAAUAGGAAAGAAGGGGAAAAGGGAGUAGCUGUAUCUAGGUUCUGAAGCAGGAAGGCCCCAUAGAUGGAAUUCUUCCAGUUUAUUCCAGUAGGAAGGAGUUAUGAAAAGGCUCCCAUCCUCCUGUGACUAAACGACUUUUCACAA